GCUUGGGAGAAGACUGCUGUAACUGCUGGGAGCCGGAGCCUCCGGGGCUUGCACUCUGUUAAAAUAGCUGUUGCAGCAACAGCAGCUCAUACCCAGCCUGUAGCUCCCCCUACUCCAGUCCAGGCAUCCAGAUUAGUGCGCUGGUGGCCCUUCUGCUGCUCUCUCUUAAGUGUCUGCUCUUGCUCGGGUUCCUUUGCGUCCCUCAGCGUCUUUUCCCCUCUUUGUUGUUCCCCUCUACCUCUCACCUCUGGCUCCAUUCCGCAGGUAGCCAGCCCCUAAGCGUCCGGACUGGAGGAACACUCAGUCCCCUCCCUUGCCUCCCACUAACCCAUCCCCGGCAGGGUUUCCAGUCCGCUGCCGGGUGCACCCAGCUGCUGCUGCUGCUACUGCUGCUGCUGCUGCUUGCCGCACCUCUGGCCGCAGCCGCCCCGAGGUUCCCUCCCACCUCAACUCCCACGCCUUCUGUGCGCCCCCCCCCCUUUCCUUUCCUCUCCCCUACUCUUUCAGCCCCAAGUCCCCACCCCCUGUGCCCUCAGGGGGGCACCCCCAAGGGGUGGGAGGGUGGUCAGCCGUGCCCAGGUCGCCAAGUGGCGGAGAGGUGACGGUAACCGCCUUCCUAUUUCCGCUCAGCAGAGUGGUGGGGUGUAUGUGUGUGCGCGUGUUGUGUCAGAAGGAGCGAGAGCUCAGAGAGACACGAAGGGGAGAGAGCGCAGAGAGAGGAGUUUCUGCUUCGCUCGCUCCUUCUCCCACUCACGGGAGCCUUGGAGCAGGGCCUGUCCUCCCGCCCCACUUCCCCCUCCUCCCCCCGCACCGAGCAGCGUCUCAGUCACUUGGGCGCAGCAGGUUGGGGCAGGAGGCUCCAGCGCCUGCAGCCUGCCUGGAAAAUGGUUACUCCGGCGGGGGAGCUUGCACUGAUCGGGAUAGGUAUUUUAUUGGCCGUGUGCCAGGCUUUGGAGAAUACAACAUCUGCCUUGAAUGCAGGUCCCCCUAUGGCAGCUGCAGUGGUUUCACAUUUUCAUGACUGUCCAGAUUCCCACAGUCAGUUCUGCUUUCAUGGGACCUGCAGGUUUUUGGUGGAAGAGGAGAAACCAGCGUGUAAAUGCCAUUCUGGGUAUGUUGGGGCACGAUGUGAACACGCGGAUCUCCUUGCAGUAGUGGCAGCCAAUCAGAAGAAACAGACCAUCACUGCCCUGGUGGUGGUUUCCAUAGUAGCCUUGGUUGUCCUUAUUGGGAUCUGUGUACUUAUACACUGCUGUCGAAUAAGGAGGCCUUGUGAAUGGUGUCGGGGCUUUGUCUGUCAACAUGAGAAGCCCAGUGACCUCUUGAAGGGAGGAACAACCUGUUGCCGCUCAGAGACAGUGGUCUGAAGGAAGGACACUGGGGAUACAGCCAGUUGGACUGCUGCUGCCCAAUACAGGAGAAAGGACUCUUCUAAAGAAGUGCAUUUUUCCAUGGAAGCAAUUAUUGCUGGGGACAUACUAGCAAGCAUUUUUUUUUUUCCUGCAUUGCCUCAAAAACUCCUAUGCAUCGUCUUUAUUAUUUGCUGGGCUUUUAAACUCUUCGAGAAUCCCAUCUGUUUGGGGUUACUUGGAUGAACUGAGGAUGGAAAUCGGCAGACCACGAAACCCUUAAGACUGUGUUGUUGGAGCUGGAUGACGGAUGGUCCUGGAAGGAAUGACAAAGAGUGUUGACUUCUUGUUUACGUAGCAGAAUUGGGUGCAGGUUUGGAGGCGUUUGAGUUUGGUGCAGGUGUGUGUGUGUGCUGCCAGGAAUGAAUUUCAAUCCGAAGUUCUUCCUCUUUUCCCCCCUUCUUGUCCAUUUGUGCUUCAUUUUUGUCUUUGGAUUGUCCGUCCAUACCCAUGACCUUUUUGUGGUGUUUGGGAAUCCACUUGGAACCAUGAGUUUCCUUCAAGUUGUUACAAUUCUGUCUCAUUUUUUUGAUGAGGGAAAGUGGAUAAAAUGGAGUUGCUGCUUACAUUAUGGAACGACAACCAGUUUUAAGAGGAAUUGUCUUUUCUAGCUAUAGAACCUUUAAGACUUUAACCCUCUGAGUCCUGGAUGAAUCUACCAAUAGAUACUGUAAACCCUCAAUUGCUGUUGUUUUUUUCCAACGGUGAUAAUUUCUAAUUUAUUAGAUAUGAAAGAUUUUCAUUUUUCAUCUCUUAAAUCAGUGUAAAACACAUACACACAAUCUUUUUAAAUCUUCUACUUCUGCUGUUGUUUAGUUACAGACUGAAGUUAUAGCUCAUAAAAAAUAUAUUUGCAUCUUUUGAUCAGGGAGGGUAUUUCUAGCAUCCUAAUUGUUCAUCUCUGAGGAGGAAGACCACAAACCAUAUCACAAGGGGCAAAAAUGCAUAACUGAAAUUUUAAAAGUUGAGCUUUGAGACCCUAAACCAUCCCAUGGGUUCAGUCUUAUUCUAGAUGGGAUAACUUGCAAGGAGCAAACAGAAAACUCACCAGUUCUAGAGAAAGUGAGUGGGCAGAUAGAUUCUGGCUGUGUGUGUAUAGGAUAAGUAAGCUCUGCUACGUGUAUAAAAAAUUACCCAUUUAUUUAAAAAAUAAACAAAAUGUUGACGGCCCCCUGGAGAAAUCUUCUUGGUUGUAUUUGGAAACUGAUGGUUAGCCAAACAUCCUUGAAAUUUCAGGCCAGAUCCAGGAAAAGGAGAGCCAGUCACUUACUUUCCAUUUGUAACUCAGUCAGUUUGUUGCUUUAUUUUAAAAUUGGGAAUCUUUACCUUUCCUAUUUAUUUUCAAGCCAUUAAUCAAA